AUGUAACACCCCGAUUUUAGCGAUCUAGUUACUUUAAUCUUUUAUUUUAUGUAGUCAGUUAAAUAAGUUUAUUGUAUGAAUAAUGUGAUUUAUUGUUUGAUCAUGUGUUGUUUUGGCAGGUAACGUUGACCGGUAAGCUCUAAUGAUAUUAAGUGAAGAAAUAAGUAAUGUUAUAAGGCUUGCUCAGUUUAUUUAAAAAAAAAAUAUUAAUAAUAAUAAAUACUUUUAUGUGUUAGAAACUUUUAUUAAGAGAGGAUUAGAAGCCCAAUUCAGUUAACUAAGCCCAGAUAAAUAUUAUAAGACUGAAAUCCCUAAAAAGGCAUAACCCUAAGUAUUUUAUUCUCCGUAAACCUUUGAGGAUCGGCUCUCUUCUUUACUUGCUACCUGCUGUUCCUUUCAUCUGAACACGGAAAGCCUCUUUCCAACUCUUCAUUACUCAACCAGAUUACUAUCAGAUUUGCCCUUGCAUCUCUUGUCUGGUAAGCUUGAGUUCCUUACAUCAAAUUAUAAUUCUUACUCGAGUAGUUAAUUUUGUUGGAUUUUGCUUAAAUUCUCUGAUGUUGAAACUAUCACAAAAUCAGGUCCUUUGAGAAUGUUUUACUUCGUAGUUCAAAUUUUAUGUUAACCUUAGAUUUAUUUCAAUCUAAUCGUGGACCAGUUUGGCUGCUAGUUCAAUUUUAAUUCUUUUCAGUUGGGUGAGUUGUGUUGCUAUACCAGUUCGUAUAAGUUUAUGAGUAUAAGGAAUAUUUUAAGUUCCUCCAUUGGUUUUGUUUUACUUAAUCGUAGGUCAAUUUGGCUGUUGCAGCUCUCUGCAGUUUAAAAAUGAAUUUAUUUACAGUUUUGAAAACAGAUAUGUUUUGGAAAAACAUAGCUUUAAUGCUGAUCUUGGAAUGUCCACUGGGUUACUGUGUAUAUAGCAUCAGGGGGGGAAUUUUUCAUAAAGUCAAGUUAAAUUUUGUAGUAGAAUAAACUCAUAGCUAGAUUUUGCAGAUUUAGGGGUUCUGCCAAGUUCAAUUUUGUUCUUUCAUUUACGAAAUUAAUGCCUAAAUUGGGUUAAAUGUGCUUACAGAUCCUUAAACUAUAAAACAUCAUUUUUAUAUCAGAUCUGGAACUCAUGUACACUACUGUGUACAUGAUUGUUAUAGCAUAGUCAUCCUCAUUUUUGUUUUAGCUAGAAUGAGCCGUAGCAUUUUUUUUUUAUCAAGAGAGAUGCUUUAUUUGGGAAGUAAUAUUCUUAUUGGAUUAUUACAUUUAAUUAAAGAUUUAAGAGAAGAGCUUACCAGAAGACGUUAUCAAGUUGCCACACUUAUUUGAGAAAUUUGAGUUCAGCUUCUACAGAUACUAAAGGUAAGGCCAAGGCCUAGGAAGGUGAUGAGAGAGUGGAACGCGUGCCAAGAUGAGUUGACGGGGACGACCUUGGCGGCUUCCAACUAGCUAUUAUUAUGUCUCAUUAUUUUAGAUAUUGUUCUAAGGAGUUUAUUAUUAUUAUUACUUUUUUUAUUUAUGGUUUGAAGUUUGAAUAAAUUCCUGGAUCCAGGUGGUUGUCACAUUUGCUAGUGAUAACUAGAAUUUUAAUGAGUUUUAUUUGGAGUUACAUCUUAGGUAUAUUUGAGAUUUUAUCAGGGUUAUUUCUUAAACAAACGGCCGUUAUAUUACAGUUUAUUUUUUUAAAGUAGUAUGCUAGUGUAACGAUUCCUUUUACCCUGAGAGGGGCGUUACAAAUUUGGUAUCAGAGCCCAGGUUGUCCCGUAACUUCACUUGUCACCGUACACGUGCUCAUCAUCUUCCAAGUAAGUAUUUAAAGUUAGUUUUUAUAUUUCUGUACAUGAGCAAGAGGAGUUUAUUAGAUAGAGAACAAAGAUAUGAAUGUCUUUCCUUUUAGUAAUGUGUAUGGCAUAUAAAUAAAAAGUUUAUAUUUAGGUGCCUUAAGAAAAUGAGGAGAACCCGUGGUAGCAAUGCACAAGGGAACAGUAAUGAGCAAGGAAACAAUCACGAGCAAGAUUUGGUAGGUAUUGUAGCGCAACUUCAGAGGCAGUUGCAGGAGCAGCAACAGAUCAUCGACCGUUUGACCGCGAACAAUCAAAGGGGCGGAGCUCAAGGAGGAAAUGCUGGUAAUAAUCAAGGCGUGGGAAACGGAGCACCGAGGCGAGAACCCCUAAUGAUCACUUGGAGGAAGAUCAAGCCCGCAGAUUUUGAGGGGGGUCCUGACCCUCUAGCUGCUCAAGGAUGGUUGAAGACCAUUGAAGGCAUUGUUAAUGGUUUAGAACUGGCAGAUAAUGACAAGGUUCGAUGCGCAUCAUAUAGCCUCACCAUGGAUGCUCGGAUAUGGUGGGAGACUGUUGAAACAAGGUAUGAUAUUGCGCAGAUGACAUGGGAGCAGUUCAAAGAGGAGUUCACCAACCAAUAUUUCAACGCUAGUGUCACACGUAAGUACCAGGAUGAGCUUGAGAAUCUACGUCAGGGAACCAUGGAUGUAGCAACCUUGGCAGCACAAUUUCAGAGACUACUACGUAUUUGCCCUACAGCUGCUCCGACAGAGAGAGAUAAGGUGAAGUUGUUCCUGAAAGCACUUAGGAAGGAUAUAGCGGUUCACUUGGAGGACGGUAACCAUACCCCAGUUACAUUAGUCGACUGUGUCCUUAGAGCAAGUCAAAAGGAGUACUACCUUCCUAGCGAUCCAGUGCCCGCUCAGCCGCAAUCUGUGCCACUGCAGUCACAGAAUCAGCCACCGGGAUACACGAGUAGCUCGAAGAAUCACAAGAAGAGGAGCUUUAAGAGCAGUAAUAGUAAUGGCAAGAGAGCUGGACAUCAUCAGGGGCAACAAAAUAAAAAGAUUAUGUUUCCACAGUGUGCUAAUUGUGGUCGUAAUCAUCUAGGCCAGUGCAGAUUGGGUUCCAGCGCUUGUUACACUUGCGGUCUUGAGGGCCAUAUGUCUAGAGAUUGUCCAAGAAAGAAUCAGCAAAGCUACCAGAUCACUCAGAUACCGAGGAAUCCAGCACCUCCAGCGGUCGUCCAUAAUAUGCAGGCUUAUCUAGAAGGACCAUCCAUCCAGCAGGGACGCCUUGAGGCACCACCAGAGGCCCCGGUUGCUAGGGUGUUCACCAUCUCCAAGGAAGAGGCAUCUAUAAAUCCCGGAGUUGUCACACGUCAGAUACUUGUUCUAAACAGAUAUGCUAAUGUGUUAUUUGACACAGGAGCCACACAUUCCUUUGUAUCUCUUGAGUUUGCUAGACCCUUAGCAACACGUCAAGAUAAGUUAGAUUAUAAGUUCACCACAGCACUUCCGUCGGGAGAGAUCAUGUUGUCAACUCAUUGGCUACGAGCAGUGGCAAUGAGUAUUGCGGAAAGAGAGUUAUUUGUAGAUCUGAUUGUGCUCAACAUGAAGGAUUAUGAUGUGAUUCUCGGCAUGGAUUUUCUGCAGAAGUAUAACGCUUCAAUUAUAUGCCGAAAGAGAAUUGUUAGUUUUGUGCCUGCAGGGUCUGAUCCUUUCUUAUUUCUUGGGGAACCAAAAAGAUCAGGGAAGGUGAUGAUUUCAGCAUUGCAAGCAAGGAGACUGAUUCGAGGUGGAUGUGAAGCUUUCUUAGCUCACGUAGUAGACAAAAACUCAGGGGAACCUAUGCAGCUUUCUGAAGUUCCCGUUGUGGAAGGUUACAGUGAUGUAUUCCCCGAAGAUCUUUCAGGAUUACUACCCAGUAGAGAGAUUGAGUUGUUGCCCGGUACCGCACCGAUUUCCAGAGCACCGUAUCGAAUGGCCCCAGCAGAGUUACAAGAACUCCAUAAGUAGUUGCAGGAGUUGCUAGAGAAAGGUUUCAUUCGGCCCAGUUACUCGCCGUGGGGAGCUCCGGUAUUAUUCGUGAAGAAGAAGGAUGGCACAAUGAGAUUGUGCAUAGAUUACAGAGAACUCAAUAAAGUGACUAUCAAGAAUAGGUAUCCUCUGCCUAGAAUUGAUGACCUGUUUGACCAGUUGAAGGGAGCGGUGAUUUUCUCCAAGAUUGACCUUCGUUCAGGGUAUCAUCAGCUAAGAAUCAAAGAAGGAGACACCCCAAAAACAGCUUUUAGGUCGCGGUAUGGACACUAUGAAUUUGUGGUUAUGCCUUUCGGCCUAACUAAUGCUCCAGCGGCGUUUAUGGAUCUGAUGAAUAGAGUGUUCAGGGAGUUUCUUGACAAGUUUGUCAUUGUUUUCAUUGAUGAUAUUUUGAUCUACUCAAAGUCUAAGGAGGAGCAUGAAGAACACUUGAGAGAGGUACUGGAGACACUGAGAAAACAUAAGCUAUAUGCUAAGUUUUCAAAGUGUGAGUUCUGGCUUGACCAAGUAGCAUUCCUUGGCCACGUAGUUUCAAAGCAGGGAAUUUCGGUGGAUCCCUCAAAGGUAGCGGCUGUUCGAGAUUGGAGCAGGCCAAAGAAUGCGAAAGAAGUUCGAAGUUUCUUAGGCCUUGCAGGGUAUUAUAGGAAGUUUGUGGAAGGCUUCUCUGCUAUAGCUCUUCCAUUGACUACCUUGACUCGUAAGGGUAAAAAAUUUGAGUGGACUGAUCGUUGUGAGAAGAGUUUCCAAGAGCUGAAAAAUAGGUUGACCUCUGCACCUGUUUUAACACUCCCAGAAGGCAAGGAAGGGUUUGUUAUCUACACAGACGCAUCGAAGAUGGGACUUGGAGCAGUUCUUAUGCAGAAUGAACGAGUCAUUGCGUACGCAUCUCGGCAACUCAAGGAGUAUGAGACGAAUUAUCCCAUCCAUGACUUGGAGUUAGCAGCAGUGAUUCAUGCCUUGAAGAUUUGGAGACAUUACUUGUAUGGGGUCCAGUGCAAGAUCUUCACCGAUCAUAAAAGUUUGAAAUAUAUAUUCACGCAGAAGGACCUCAACAUGAGGCAAAGAAGGUGGCUUGAAUUAAUCAAAGACUACGAUUGUGAGAUCCUUUAUCAUCCAGGGAAGGCCAACAAGGUAGCAGAUGCACUUAGUAGGAAGUCUUCUGCAACACUAAUGGCUAUGAUGGUAAUAGAUCCAAAGUUGAAGAAGGAAAUUGAAGAUUUUGAAUUAGAGGUUGUAAGUGGGCGACUAGCGGCUAUGACAGUGACUCCAGCAAUAUUUGAGGACAUAGCUAUGAAGCAAGAACUUGAUCCCGAGUUGGUUAAGUUGAAGGAGUGCGUCAAGGAGGGACAAUGUCCCGAAUUCCGUUUGGAUGAGAGUGGGAGAUUAUUACUUCGAAACGGGUUGUGCAUUCCUGAUGUCGAGGGGUUGAGGAAGCAGAUUAUGAAGGAGGCUCAUGACACACCAUUCACUAUGCAUCCUGGUGCGACCAAGAUGUACCGCGACUUGAAGAAAAACUUUUGGUGGUCAGGGAUGAAGAAAGAUGUCGCGAAGUUCGUCCAAUCAUGUCUGACAUGUCAACAAGUAAAAGCUGAACAUCAAAGACCAGGUGGGGAGCUUCAGCCUAUCCAGAUUCCAGAGUGGAAAUGGGAUGAGAUAUCCAUGGACUUUAUUAUGGGAUUGCCGAAGACAACUGGAGGUUAUGAUGCUAUAUGGGUUAUAGUGGACAGGUUGACCAAAUCUGCUCAUUUUAUCCCAAUUUCAGCAAGUAUUUCUUUGGAGAAGUUGGCAAAAUUGUAUAUACAGGAGAUUGUUAGGUUGCAUGGUGUUCCAAAGAGUAUUAUUUCUGACAGAGAUUCCAGAUUUACGUCUCACUUCUGGAAGUGUGUACAACAAUCUUUGGGCACGAAGUUGAAGUUUAGUACCGCUUUUCAUCCUCAGACCGAUGGCCAGACAGAGAGAACAAAUCAGAUCUUGGAGGAUAUGUUGCGGGCAUGCGCGCUAGAUUUUCAAGGAGGAUGGGCAAAACACCUUAGUCUGGCAGAGUUUGCUUAUAAUAAUAGUUAUCAAGCAACUAUCGGCAUGGCUCCAUAUGAGGCGUUGUAUGGGAGAAGGUGUAGAUCUCCCAUAUCAUGGUGUGAAACAGGAGAGAAGAAGAUCCUAGAAGAGGAACUGAAAGGGAGGACUGAGUUGAUAGAUGAGACCUUAGAAGCUAUUAAAACUAUCCGGCAAAGGAUAGAAUCCGCCCAGUGCAGACAGAAAAGUUAUGCCGAUGUUCGGAGAAGGCCUCUAGAGUUCGAAGUGGGGGAUUUUGUUUUCGUUAAGAUAACCCCGAUGAAGGGUGUGAUGCGGUUUGGAAAGAAAGGAAAGCUUAGCCCAAGAUUCACCGGACCAUAUGAGAUCACUCGACGAGUGGGGAAGGUAGCUUAUGAGCUCGCGCUACCUGAAGAGUUUUCUGGCAUUCAUAAUGUCUUCCAUGUUUCGAUGUUGAGGAAAUACUUUGCUGAUCCGGAGCAUGUUUUGAUACCCCCAACAAUAGAAGUGCAAAAUGAUAUGUCUUACGAGGAGAAGCCAGUACAAAUUCUUGACCGAAAGGUUAGACGUCUCCGGAAUAAAGAGAUAGCUCUAGUAAAAGUGUUGUGGCGAAAUGACAAAGUUGAAGAAGCUACUUGGGAGGUUGAGGAUGACAUGAGGCGGCGUUAUCCUGAGUUGUUCUAAGUUUCGAGGACGAAACUUUUAUAAGGUGGGAGGGGUUGUAACACCCCGAUUUUAGCGAUCUAGUUACUUUAAUCUUUUAUUUUAUGUAGUCAGUUAAAUAAGUUUAUUGUAUGAAUAAUGUGAUUUAUUGUUUGAUCAUGUGUUGUUUUGGCAGGUAACGUUGACCGGUAAGCUCUAAUGAUAUUAAGUGAAGAAAUAAGUAAUGUUAUAAGGCUUGCUCAGUUUAUUUAAAAAAAAAAUAUUAAUAAUAAUAAAUACUUUUAUGUGUUAGAAACUUUUAUUAAGAGAGGAUUAGAAGCCCAAUUCAGUUAACUAAGCCCAGAUAAAUAUUAUAAGACUGAAAUCCCUAAAAAGGCAUAACCCUAAGUAUUUUAUUCUCCGUAAACCUUUGAGGAUCGGCUCUCUUCUUUACUUGCUACCUGCUGUUCCUUUCAUCUGAACACGGAAAGCCUCUUUCCAACUCUUCAUUACUCAACCAGAUUACUAUCAGAUUUGCCCUUGCAUCUCUUGUCUGGUAAGCUUGAGUUCCUUACAUCAAAUUAUAAUUCUUACUCGAGUAGUUAAUUUUGUUGGAUUUUGCUUAAAUUCUCUGAUGUUGAAACUAUCACAAAAUCAGGUCCUUUGAGAAUGUUUUACUUCGUAGUUCAAAUUUUAUGUUAACCUUAGAUUUAUUUCAAUCUAAUCGUGGACCAGUUUGGCUGCUAGUUCAAUUUUAAUUCUUUUCAGUUGGGUGAGUUGUGUUGCUAUACCAGUUCGUAUAAGUUUAUGAGUAUAAGGAAUAUUUUAAGUUCCUCCAUUGGUUUUGUUUUACUUAAUCGUAGGUCAAUUUGGCUGUUGCAGCUCUCUGCAGUUUAAAAAUGAAUUUAUUUACAGUUUUGAAAACAGAUAUGUUUUGGAAAAACAUAGCUUUAAUGCUGAUCUUGGAAUGUCCACUGGGUUACUGUGUAUAUAGCAUCAGGGGGGGAAUUUUUCAUAAAGUCAAGUUAAAUUUUGUAGUAGAAUAAACUCAUAGCUAGAUUUUGCAGAUUUAGGGGUUCUGCCAAGUUCAAUUUUGUUCUUUCAUUUACGAAAUUAAUGCCUAAAUUGGGUUAAAUGUGCUUACAGAUCCUUAAACUAUAAAACAUCAUUUUUAUAUCAGAUCUGGAACUCAUGUACACUACUGUGUACAUGAUUGUUAUAGCAUAGUCAUCCUCAUUUUUGUUUUAGCUAGAAUGAGCCGUAGCAUUUUUUUUUUAUCAAGAGAGAUGCUUUAUUUGGGAAGUAAUAUUCUUAUUGGAUUAUUACAUUUAAUUAAAGAUUUAAGAGAAGAGCUUACCAGAAGACGUUAUCAAGUUGCCACACUUAUUUGAGAAAUUUGAGUUCAGCUUCUACAGGUAAGUUCACUACCACCUGUACAUGUUUGUUCAACCAAAUGCAAGAAGUCUGGUUGAUUUUUAAUAGAUAAUUUUAGACUAUUUGCUAUUAUGUGAACUAUGUGAAUUAUGUGAUGAGUUAUUUUAUUGCUAAAUUAAGUUAUGCUUAUUAUCUGGCAUAGUCAAGAUUUGUUAGUACUUUCGUUUCCAGAUUUAAUGAUGUUUAAUCAAACGUCACCAUAAAAAGAACUAAUACUUAAAGUGAAAGAUUAAGUGAUAUGUACUCGGGAACUAGAUCCCUCAGAUUAGCAGUUUUAGUUUUAGAUAGUCCGAUAUGUUUAGUGGGUCGCUCCCCUGAGCUGUCGGAUUGGCGCCAUUGAGUACAUAUCACGGGCCCACAGUUAAAAUUAGCCACAAAGAGUUUAUAGAAAGUUUAUGAGAUCUCUUCCAGAAAGAUUUACAGAAAGUUUUUGAGAUCUCUUUCAGAGAGUUUUACAGAGAUGUUUUCAGAAAAAAAAAAAAAAUUUGAGAUCCCUAACAGUUUUGAGAAAAAAUAUUUUAGGAAAUAUUUUUCCUUUGAGAUCUCUCUCAGAAUGUAAUUGAGAAGUUAUGUGUUAGUUGUUUGUUCAGUGCAUGCUUAUAGCCUAAAUUUUAUCUAUUGAUAAAUUGGCAUAGACUUCUAGAUAUUUUUGUGGAUCCAUAGUGACUUACUAAGCGUAAAGCUUAUCAGUUUCUUUCUUCGCAUGUACAGAUACUAAAGGUAAGGCCAAGGCCUAGGAAGGUGAUGAGAGAGUGGAACGCGUGCCAAGAUGAGUUGACGGGGACGACCUUGGCGGCUUCCAACUAGCUAUUAUUAUGUCUCAUUAUUUUAGAUAUUGUUCUAAGGAGUUUAUUAUUAUUAUUACUUUUUUUAUUUAUGGUUUGAAGUUUGAAUAAAUUCCUGGAUCCAGGUGGUUGUCACAUUUGCUAGUGAUAACUAGAAUUUUAAUGAGUUUUAUUUGGAGUUACAUCUUAGGUAUAUUUGAGAUUUUAUCAGGGUUAUUUCUUAAACAAACGGCCGUUAUAUUACAGUUUAUUUUUUUAAAGUAGUAUGCUAGUGUAACGAUUCCUUUUACCCUGAGAGGGGCGUUACAACACAUACAUACUUAGCUUGUGCAAAACUGAAAACACACAUACUAUCCGUAUAUGCUUACUGUAUGUACAUCCG